AUGGAUGCCAUGCAGCACGACCAGCCGGACCUCUCGGAUAUAUUCAACAGGGUCUUACGCUCCAGCAGCCUGUUGUGUCUGUCCCCGAAUCCGGAGCACCCAGACCCCUGCUGCUACUACCUCGACCACCACACCAGACUCCAGACACACCACCAUCACCGUCUCCUCCAGCACCAAGAGAAGUACGCACAACCACCACCAUCACCAGCGGCAGAAGCAGCCUGCGUGUGCACCUCCAGACGCCGCCGACGUUUCCCCGACUGCUGCGUCCGCUUCCCGGGAGAGCUGAGGGGACAUGCGCCUCUCACUCGCCGGUUCCCGGUGGCCAUGAAGCGGCAGAACGUGCGGACGUUGUCCCUGAUCGUCUGCACGUUCACCUACCUGCUGGUGGGCGCCGCGGUGUUCGACGCCCUGGAGUCCGAGUACGAGAUGCGGGAGAAGGAGCAACUGGAGGCGGAGGAGAAGCGGCUCCAGGGCAAGUACAAUAUCAGCGACGAGGAUUACCGCCAGCUGGAGACCAUCAUCAUGGAGGCAGAACCGCACCGCGCCGGGGUGCAGUGGAAGUUCGCCGGCUCCUUUUACUUCGCGAUCACGGUGAUCACCACGAUAGGUUAUGGGCACGCCGCCCCGGGCACCGACGCGGGCAAGGCCUUCUGCAUGUUCUACGCCGUCCUGGGCAUCCCCCUGACGCUGGUGAUGUUCCAGAGCCUGGGCGAGCGCAUGAACACCUUCGUCAAGUACCUGCUGAAGCGCAUCAAGAAGUGCUGCGGCAUGAGCGUCACCGACGUGUCCAUGGAGAACAUGGUGACGGUGGGCUUCUUCUCCUGCAUCGGCACGCUGUGCGUGGGCGCCGCCGCCUUCAGCCACUACGAGGACUGGAGCUUCUUCCAGUCCUACUACUACUGCUUCAUCACGCUCACCACCAUCGGCUUCGGGGACUUUGUGGCGCUGCAGAAGAACCGCGCGCUGCAGAAGAAGCCGCUCUACGUGGCCUUCAGCUUCAUGUACAUCCUGGUGGGGCUGACGGUGAUCGGCGCCUUCCUCAACCUGGUGGUGCUGCGCUUCCUCACCAUGAACAGCGAGGACGAGCGCCGCGACGCCGAGGAGCGGGCCUCCCUGGCGGGCCACCGCAACAGCAUGAUCAUCCACAUCCAGGAGGAGCCGCGGCCGCAUGGCGGCGGGGGAGGCGGGGGCGGCGGCGGCGGGUCGGUGUGCUCCUGCAUGCACUACCACUCGCCCCCGGAGUUCGGCAGCUCCGGGGGGGGCGAGGGCGGAGGGGGCGGGCGGAUGGGGGGUCUGGGCUGCGGCUUCACCAACCAGAACUCGUUCAGCUCGCAGCUCAACCCCAAUCAGUACUUUCAGUCGGUGUCGUACCGGAUCGAGGAGAUCUCGCCCAGCACGCUGAAGAACAGCUUCUUCCCGUCGCCCAUCAGCUCGGUGUCGCCCGGUCUCCACAGCUUCAUGGACCACCGGAGGCUCAUGAAGCGCAGGAAAUCCGUCUGA